GAACAAUUAUGGAGCUCUGGAAACAUUUAUAAUAUUACACACAUUAAAAGGCCGCCUUUGGAUAAAAUCUAGACACGAAAUAUCCCAUUAACCGGCCAUUCAUAUUUCUAUACCCAUAAGGGUAGUUUCAAGUCUCAAUUGACAAUCGUUUGCGACAGCUUCGGCUGCCCCACUAAAAACCUUCAACAUCUAGCAAGCACCAGCUACAGAAUGUAUUCUGAGAUAUAAGAUUGCCAAUUUCGACUGUUUCUCCCCUCCACACAUACGCGAACGUGACGAGAACGUCUACAACAACCCCUGUCCCUGCUACACAUCGAUAACAUCGGGUCUCUGUUCCCAAAAUUCAGGGAAACAUGGGGGUUCCAACCAAGAUCAGCAUUCUAGGUCGCGAAAGCAUUGUCGCUGACUUUGGCAUCUGGAGAAACUAUGUGGCUAAGGAUUUAUUAAACAGCUGCUCUUCUUCAACCUACAUCCUUAUUUCAGACACCAACAUAACGCCCCUCUAUCUGGACGGCUUCCAAAAGUCCUUCGACGAUGCCGCAGCAAAUCUCUCUCCCAAACCCCGUCUCCUCACUUACGAGAUACCUCCCGGCGAAUCUUCAAAAUCUCGUGAAACAAAGGCGGGCAUUGAAGACUGGAUGCUCACCCGUCAACCACCAUGCGGUCGAGAUACCGUGAUCAUUGCCUUGGGCGGUGGCGUGAUUGGGGAUUUAAUUGGGUUUGUGGCAGCUACCUAUAUGCGUGGAGUGCGCUUUGUGCAGGUUCCUACAACUCUACUGGCAAUGGUUGACUCCUCAAUUGGCGGCAAGACGGCAAUUGAUACACCCAAUGGCAAGAAUUUGAUCGGCGCCAUCUGGCAACCGCAAAGGAUCUAUUUGGAUAUGGAGUUUUUGAAUACCUUGCCUGAGAGAGAGUUUAUAAAUGGCAUGGCCGAAGUGAUCAAGACUGCCGCAAUUUCCAGCGAAGAAAAGUUUGCCGCAUUGGAAGAUGAUGCCGAGAUCAUCUUGGCAGCCGUCAAGUCGAAAAAUACACCAGAACGACCACGAUUCAGCGGCAUCGAAGAGACACUGAAAAGAACCAUUUUAUCCUCCGCAGAGUUCAAGGCACAGGUUGUCUCAGCGGACGAAAGAGAAGGUGGACUACGCAAUCUCCUAAACUUCGGUCAUUCUAUCGGCCACGCUAUAGAAGCUAUACUAGCCCCGCAAGUCCUUCACGGAGAGUGCGUCGCUAUAGGAAUGGUCAAGGAAGCCGAACUAGCUCGCCAUCUUGGAAUCUUGAAUAACGUUUCCGUAUCCCGCAUUUCAAAAUGCCUGGCCAGUUACGGAUUGCCAACUUCUCUCAAGGAUGAGCGGAUAAGGAAACUGACCGCUGACAAGCAUUGCAGCGUGGAGCAACUAAUCACAUAUAUGGGCGUCGAUAAAAAGAACGAUGGACCGAAGAAAAAGGUCGUCCUUCUGUCCGCGAUUGGGCGCACUCAUGAACCACGGGCAAGUACGGUGUCGAACGAAGAGAUCCAAAUCGUGCUUGCGCCAAGCAUCGAAGUUUCUCCAGGUGUUCCGAAAAAUCUUAACGUCACUUGCACACCCCCAGGAUCGAAAAGUAUCUCGAAUCGGGCCCUCGUCCUUGCUGCACUUGGGUCAGGUACAUGCCGCCUCAAGAAUCUGCUCCAUUCAGAUGAUACUGAGGUUAUGCUUAAUGCCCUCGAACGAUUAGGUGCCGCUACAUUCUCUUGGGAAAAUGAGGGUGAGGUGCUUGUGGUAAAUGGCAAGGGCGGCAAGAUGAAGGCUAGCCCCGAUGAAUUGUACCUAGGAAAUGCCGGGACUGCGUCACGGUUCCUAACGACUGUGGCUACGCUCGCCCAAAAAAGCAGCGUUGACUCAAGUGUUCUCACUGGGAAUGCUCGAAUGAAGCAAAGGCCCAUAGGCGAUCUGGUUGACGCUCUUGCAGCCAACGGCGCCGGUGUCGAGUACCUGGAAAACUCAGGAAGUCUUCCGCUCAAGAUUGCUGCUUCUGGAGGGUUCGCCGGUGGGGAGAUAAAUCUUGCUGCAAAAGUAUCCUCUCAAUAUGUGUCAUCGUUGUUAAUGUGCGCUCCGUAUGCUAAAAAGCCAGUCACCCUGAGGCUUGUAGGCGGGAAGCCUAUCUCACAAACUUAUAUCGACAUGACCACUACAAUGAUGCGGUCGUUCGGUAUCGACGUCAAAAAAUCUGAGACAGAAGAGCACACUUACCAUAUUCCUCUUGGUUUCUAUAUCAGUCCCGCAGAAUAUAUCGUUGAAAGCGAUGCCAGCUCCUCCACAUACCCGCUGGCGGUUGCUGCGAUCACGGGAACCUCUUGUACUGUCCCGAAUAUUGGAUCAAAGUCGCUUCAAGGAGAUGCUCGAUUCGCAGUUGAAGUCCUGCGGCCAAUGGGUUGCACCGUCGAUCAGAAGGAUUUCUCGACUACAGUCACUGGCCCUGCUAACGGAAUACUGAGACCGCUGCCCAAUGUAGACAUGGAGCCCAUGACAGAUGCAUUCCUGACAGCGUCAGUUCUUGCUGCUGUUGCAAGAGGUGGGGGAUCGAACCACACAACACGGAUAUUCGGUAUCGCAAACCAAAGGGUCAAAGAAUGUAACAGAAUUAAGGCUAUGAAGGAUGAACUUGCCAAAUUCGGGGUCACUUGCAGAGAACAUGAUGAUGGCCUCGAAAUCGAUGGCAUAGACCGCUCGACACUGCGUCACCCGUCAGACGGUGUGUACUGCUAUGACGACCACCGUGUUGCGAUGAGUUUCAGCGUCCUCUCCUUGGUGGCUCCUCAACCGACUCUGAUCCUCGAAAAGGAAUGUGUUGGCAAAACGUGGCCCGGCUGGUGGGACAGCCUAGCUCAGACUUUCAAGGUGAAAUUGGAUGGGAAGGAAGUGGAAAAGAAGACAGGAACGGGGGGUAUUGUCCAUCUAGACAAACCUGCUGCAUCGAUCUUCAUCAUCGGCAUGCGAGGUGCUGGGAAGACAACAAGCGGUGUGUGGGUUUCCAAAGCUCUGCAGCGUCCGUUUAUUGAUUUGGACGACGAGCUCGAAAGAACUGAGGGUAUGACCAUUCCCGAAAUAAUCAAACAAAGGGGUUGGGAAGGAUUCAGGGAAGCUGAACUCUCAUUACUACGGAGGGUAAUGACUGAAAAACCAACUGGGUACAUUUUUGCCUGUGGUGGAGGUAUUGUUGAAACGCCGGAGGCUCGCAAACUCUUGAUACAGUAUCAUAAAACUAAAGGCAAUGUCAUACUUGUCAUGCGAGACAUCAAGGAAAUCAUGGAUUUCUUGAAAAUUGACAAGACACGCCCAGCAUAUGUUGAGGACAUGAUGAGUGUCUGGCUGCGCCGAAAGCCAUGGUAUCAGGAAUGCAGCAAUGUUCAAUAUUUCAGCCGCUUAACGGGUCUGGAUGGGAUGGCACAGGUUUUGGGAGGCUUCAAUCGUUUCUUAAAAGUCAUCACCGGACAGGUGGACAGCCUUGCACAGAUGAGAUCAAAAGAAAAUACUUUCUUCGUUUCUCUAACGCUUCCUGAUCUCGCGCCGGCUGCCCCUAUCUUGAAAGAAGUCACGCUGGGCUCAGAUGCUGUGGAGCUGCGGGUCGAUUUGCUUAAGGAUCCCCAGUCUGACAGUGAGAUCCCAUCUGUUGACUACGUCGCUGAGCAAAUAUCCGUGCUGCGUAGUCGUACCUCAGUACCUCUAGUGUUUACGAUCCGCACAAAGGCCCAAGGUGGUCGAUUCCCGGAUGACGCAUACGAUGCUGCCUUACAACUCUACCGCCUUGCGAUCCGAAUGGGGUCCGAAUUUGUGGACCUGGAAAUAUCGUUCCCAGAGCAGCUCCUGCGCACUGUGACUGAAAUGAAAGGCUUUUCGAAAAUCAUUGCCUCUCACCACGAUCCCAAAGGAGAGUUGUCAUGGGCGAAUGGCUCAUGGAUCCAGUUCUACAACAAGGCUCUUCAGUAUGGGGAUGUGAUCAAACUUGUUGGUGUUGCAAGAUCACUUGACGACAACGCUUCACUGAAGAAAUUCAAAACCUGGGCAGAGGAGAAACACGACGUCCCAAUAAUCGCCAUCAAUAUGGGUGACAAGGGACAGCUAAGCCGGAUGCUAAAUGGCUUCAUGACACCAGUAUCCCAUCCUAGCCUACCCUUCAAAGCCGCCCCUGGUCAACUUUCCGCCAGGGAGAUCCGAAAAGGCCUCUCUCUCAUUGGCGAGAUCAAGUCAAAGAAAUUCGCAGUCAUCGGCAACCCCGUCUCUGCCUCUAGAUCGCCGGCAAUGCACAACGCUCUUUUCAGACAAAUGGGUCUCCCACAUACCUACGGGACUCUAGAAACAGAAGAUCCCGAGAUCGUCAAAAAAUUCAUCCGCUCCCCAGAUUUUGGCGGGGCCUCAAUCACCAUCCCCUUAAAACUAGACAUCAUGCCCCUCCUCGAUGAAAUAGCACCGGAAGCAGUGUCCAUUGGUGCAGUAAACACCAUUGUCUGCGCCCCGCCAGCACCAGACGACCAAUCGCAAGCCCCGCGCCUUAUCGGCCGCAACACAGAUUGGCAAGGCAUGGUCCGCUGCCUAAGCGACGCGGGUGCCUAUCCCGCAGCCACGCCCACAACCACUUCCGCCGGCCUGGUUAUCGGAGGCGGCGGAACGGCCCGUGCAGCGAUAUUCGCCCUUCAAAGCAUGGGCUACUCCCCCAUUUACGUGGUAGGCCGCUCCCCAGACAAACUUUCUAGCAUGACGUCCACGUUUGCCCCGGACCACGACAUCCGCAUCCUGGAAGACGUGAAGGCGCUAGAAUCUUUGCCCACGGUGGCAAUUGGGACGAUACCUGGCGAUAAGCCGAUCGAGCCGCACAUGCGAGAGGUUCUCUGCGAGCUCUUCGAUUUAUGCGAAAAGGCGAAUUCGGACGCUGAGCAGGCGCGGGGCAUCAGCACAAAGCGGAUCUUGCUGGAAAUGGCGUAUAAGCCGUCCGUCACGUCGUUGAUGCAGUUGGCUAGUGAUUCGGGAUGGACGGUGUUGCCCGGCCUGGAGGCUUUGGUGGCACAGGGGGUCUAUCAGUGUGAAUACUGGACCGACAUUACGCCCGUCUAUGAAGAUGCCAGGAAUGCUGUAAUGGGCGUACAACCGAAAGACGACGAUAUCUCAACGUAAGAGAUGGUCUGCCAUGCAUACCGCAAUACUUACUGAAAAAAUGCCGUCCAAAACGUACCGGCUACUGAAGCUUUAUUGAGGUGGAAUUAAUUAUAUAGUGAGGUAGACCGGGAGGGAAAUGAUUUGUUUGUUUCAACAAAGAACAAAGUGUGCAUAUAUAAAAAUUUUCGGAUUUGGCUAAAUGCUGGUGAACAGUUACGUAGUUUAACAUUCAGGGGUUUUAAAUAGAAAAAGCAAUUUCAUUAUUUUAGCUUAUGAUUUUCUCAAUAUUCCAGUUUAGCUGUGUAUUUUGAUCCUCUUGAAACAUUACGUACGUACUUUCUAUAAAUGCAUGAAGAAGUUGGCAAAAAGGAAGGGUGAAAAAAAAAAAGAGAAAGGAAUAAAGAGUAGAAUGGAAUCGGAAUAAUACAAACCGGAAACCGGAAACCAGAACACUCCCUUUGGCAUAUUAACGCUGAGAGUCCCAAAAACAUCAUGAGCAUGGCAUGUAAUAUAUCUAAGUAUCUGAUGCAAAACAGAAAAAUAAAUAAGGCUAAAUAUAUGCAGGAGACUUCCAAAAGUAAACCAUUCCAUAUCCCGCUCCAAAAAAAAAAAAACAGCAAGAACCCUAAAAAAAAGGGGGAGGGAGAUAUUAUACAAUCCGUUAAACAAAACGUAUAGUACAUGGCAUCAAGGGCAUGGAUAACCAUAACCAAGGCAGGGCAGGUGGAACCGCAACUACCCCUCCCUAUACGACACUCUGUCCAGACACAUCCUCAACCCCUUCGUUCCCUACUUUCCUAUUUCCAUCAGCAGGUGCCAUCGGCCCCUCCCCGUUCACCUCCCCGCCAUUUCUUUUCCGCCUCUUACUAACCGCCAGCUUCCCCUCCAUCUCCCGUCGCCACGUACACUCCUCGCGAAACUCGCAUAUUCGGCACUUCCACGCCUCCAUGACCGGCACGCCACGCGGUUGCCUGUGUCCGCGCCACCAGUGCAUUUCAUCGGAGAGGUAGCUGUAGAGGGAAGAAGGGUUGAAGAGGAAGGAGCGGCUGCCGAGGUAUUGCAUGGAUUCAUCGGGGUUGGAGGGCGGGGUUAAAUAGGUGGCUGUUAGGACGGGAGAGAGGAGAGUGGUAAGGGCCGGGGUGUCUUGUUGGAGGUCAUCUUGGGGCGGAGGGCUGGUGGUGCUGGUGGUGGCGGUAUUGGCGACUGGAGGGAGGAAAGUGAGGCGGUGUUGAGAUUUCAUGAGUGUCCAGAGACGGGAGAGGGAGUUAUGUUCGAGGAGGAUGGUCAUUGAGUCUUGGCUGCUAGAAGGGAAUUCUCCACCUUCUGAACCCGAAGGAGGGACAUAGUCCGCAUCUAGGUCUUGUGGCGCGUCGAAGAAUUGUUCGUUUAGGCUGCCUACUUGUGCGAUGAAGGAGUCUGAGAAUGGCUUGUCGGCUUCGAGGCCAUAUCGUGCUGCGAUGGCGUCAAUGGUGACAUCUUCAGAGGUAGAGAGGCGGGUGAGGAAAUGAUAGUAUAGUUGUAGUUGGAGGUGGGUAGGGCGAAAGCCAACACUAUUAACAGUUGGGAUAGAACGGCUACUCUUCCCGCGCGUCUUGAUAUCCGUGAUGUAUAUCUUCUUUGACGGUGGUUUCGACGUCGAAGACACCACAUCCUUUUCAGGUUUCGCCACCCCAAUAUCAGACAGCCUCCUCCCACCACCAGCCGGAGAAAGGAAAAAUUCAGUAAUCGAAGUCUGAUAUUCCGGAAGCAAGGCUUUAGACGUCCUGAAGUCCGCGUAACUCGCUUCUGCGGAUGCCUCCAGCUCCUCAUCUGGACACUCAUAGGACAGCUGGUCAAUUAUGCCUGUCACAAUUUCUCCAUCAACAUUCCCCCAAACUUCCAACUCUCUAGUCAUCCCCGAAACCCGCAGUUUCCCUGCUUCAUCGCCGGGGUAGCCCUCUUCCGCCCAAACUUUGUCAAGGUAUACCAAUACUGUAACUCGCACCAGGCAGGAGAAACUAGAUCUGUAACCGACAAAGCUUUCCUAGGUGGUUUCCGGAAGCGCUCAAGGGGAGACCGCAUAUCCGGAACCGGCAUGCCAUCCCCAUUCAUGUUCCCAUCUUGAGCACCCUGGUCCGCAGCUACCUGCUUUUGUUCCCGCUCAAGCUCUCUCUGUCUCUCUCGCUCCCGUCCCUCAGGCGAAUUCGGGUGCUCAGCUAAACGCUUAAGUGUCAGAAGGGUUAGCAGAUUUUGUAAGAAUCGCCAUGGGCGGGACCAACAACGUAUACAAAGAAGAAGAAAAGAGGAAUAUUAAUAAAUAAUAAUGAACAAAAUAAAACAAACAGAUAUCAAGGGGCAAACGCACCACCCCAACCGCCAAUCCCCUGUUCCACCCAUCCUCUACCCUUCCCGCUCCCCCACCCCGCCCUCUGCGAGAUAGAAUCCCACUUCUCCCUGCCCAGAACCCUAGAGACCCUAUCCCUCGAUAUACCCGCAUGAUCCUCAAUAUCUGUCACCGGCGGCAGCGAUAAGGACUGCAGGUGUAAAUCCACAGACGCCUCGGAAACAUUAAUCGCAGCAACAGCACUCUCUAUCCCUCCACCAGCAGGGUCAGAAGAUACCGCAGGGGGUGAGAGUGCAGGUGUAGCAAAUGCAGAAGGAGAACCGGAACCAGAGCCAGGGCCAGAAAUUACACUCGUCCGCUCGUGGCGCUCGCCAAUCCGCGCCAGCAGCAGAUUCAACAGCUCCUCCUCGUCGGGGGAGAAGUCGGAUCCGUAGUCGCUGCUGGCCGCGCUUUCGACUGUGUUGCUGAAUGUAUUCCCACCUAUCAAUGUGCUUUCUUGCGUCGAUAUUACGGGCGUUGGCGCUGUGGGGGUUUGUGGUAAGGAUAGCGAGGUGGAUUUCUCGAGCACAGCUGGUUGGCUCAUUUGAGAGAACUGCUGUGGUGUUUUGUGUUUUGGAACGGUUUAUUUUCGAUUUUAUGUUUAGAGUGGGCUUUUAGGGUACUUGGUUCAUGGCGACGGAUGCAUAUCAUUAUGAUUCAUUGUUUUUGUCCUCUGGUGGUGAUCCCUGGCAGUUGAACUUCGUAAAUGGGAAUAUUUAAACAGGUUUAGGCAGGCUUAGUAAUUGGCAAUGUCGCGUCGGGGAGAGGAGACGCGUUUAGGAUAUUCAACAAUUCGCGCAACGUCAUAAGAAGAGAAGGCAAGAAAGGCAGUUUAUUUAUCUUGUCGAUUCAAAGAUAACUCCAUCCCCUCUUCAUCUAUAGGUAUCAAAUCUAUAUACAUUUCUAACCAUUCCCAACGUGCGUAAAGUACCCGAUUGGGAGUAAAAAAAUGCUAUCUCAUCAAACAUCAUAUCCAACGCUACUAUAAAGCCAUUGAAAAGCGGGAAAAGACAAAAGAAAAAGUGAAUCUAAAAUGAAAGAAUCCUUCAAAGGCAUAGUAGCCUAGAAUGGUAAAGCAGAAAAGUAGUCUUCAAAAUUUCAAGCAGACACUGCCGCCACAGCAGCAGUUGCAGUCGCAUCACCAACCCCUACCCCUCCCCCGAUCUGCCUCUUCACAGCCAGAGUUUGCGCCUGCGCCUCCUCCGCGGCCUCAACGUCCCUCGCUGCCUUCUGAUUCAGCCAGCUGAGGUACGUCUGCCACCCGACCGCAAUAGCACCGGCAAAAAUGCUCCGAAACUGCGGAUCAACGUACAUGAACAUAAAUGCCGUGACAGCCGGCCACAGCUUAGCGCUAUUCAUGAUGCUAGUCGGUAAUGCCAGUUUGAGGCGCUCCCAUGUCUCCGUAAGCGAGGUGCCGGCAAGCAAGGAUUGCAUAGAGAAGAAGUAUGUGUUGAAGAUCGGGGUGAAGCAGGUUUGGUUGAUGGCUACUUUUAUGAAGAUUGAGAAGAUGCGGGGUUUGGAGGGGAAGUUGAAGUUGUUGUGAAGGAACAUGAACCUAUUUAAAGAGCAGUUAGGAGAAUGUUAAGUGGGAAAACAAUUUAUUUUCCGAACGGAUUUAGUAAAUGGGGGGAGAGAAUCAAAAAACAUACCAUUUAUACCCUGGCACAGCGGCCAGACCACCAACUGUCAAAUGUCUAACAGUCCUCAGCGGAUCAUAUCGUGCCAUCAUCCCCUCCUCUCUCUCCACCUCAUCAUUAGCACCCCCU